AUGAGGAAGAGCAGGAGUGUACUGACAAUGUCACCCAAAGAUGACAAUAAAGAUCCUUCUGACCGUGGUGAGUCUCUCUCCUCACGGUGCAUGCUGGGAGUUGACCUGUGUCGAGGAAGACGCUGUUUCUCUGGCAACCUGCAGCUGCCCCCAUUGUCAUGGCGACAGACAGAGAGGUUACGAACCCCAGACGAGGAACUCAUUGCCCGGCCAACGACCCUUGCCCUCAUCACACCUCCACGCAUUGACAUCACACCGGUGGAUUCUGAUUGCUUUGAUGUUGAAAAUGGCCCAUCAACAAGCUGUAGUCCACUGGACUCCCAAGUGUCCCCAGGUUCUGGACUGGUUCUGCAUACUAACUUUCCGGGUCACAAUCAGCGCCGGGAGUCCUUUCUGUACAGAUCUGACAGCGACUAUGACCUUUCACCCAAGUCCAUGUCUCGCAACUCGUCCAUCGGAUCCGAAUUGCAUGGGGAUGACCUGAUUGUCACACCAUUUGCUCAGGUUCUAGCAAGCCUGCGUAGUGUCAGAAAUAACUUCACCAUCCUGACCAAUGUACAGUGUGCCUCAAACAAGAGGUCUCCGGCUGCUACUCAACCCCCCAUCACUAGAGUCUGCCUCACAGACGAGUCCUAUCAGAAACUGGCUAUGGAGACCAUGGAGGAACUGGACUGGUGUCUGGACCAGCUGGAGACCAUCCAGACCUAUCGCUCUGUCAGUGACAUGGCCUCCAAUAAGUUUAAAAGAAUGUUGAACCGGGAGCUCACACACCUUUCAGAGAUGAGUCGUUCUGGAAACCAGGUUUCAGAGUUCAUCUCCAACACCUUCUUAGACAAACAGAAUGAGGUGGAGAUCCCAUCCCCUGUUCCCAAAGCUCGUGAGAAGAGGAAGAAGCACCAGCUGAUGACUCAGAUCAGUGGGGUGAAGAAGGUGUCCCACGGACCCAGCUUGUCCAGCUGCAGCAUCGCUAGGUUCGCCGUCAAAACUGACAAGGAGGACCUGCUAGCCAAGGAACUAGAAGACCUGAACAAAUGGGGCCUGAAUAUUUUCAGUGUUUCAGAGUUCUCAAACAACAGGCCUCUCACCUGCAUCAUGUACGCAAUCUUUCAGGAGCGAGACUUGCUGAAGACGUUCAGGAUCCCGGCGGACGCGUUUGUGGCGUACAUGAUGACGCUGGAGGACCACUAUCACUCUGACGUGGCGUAUCACAACAGCCUGCACGCUGCGGACGUGGCCCAGUCUACCCACAUCCUCCUGUCCACACCUGCUCUGGACGCGGUUUUCACAGAUCUUGAGAUACUGGCUGCCAUUUUUGCUGCAGCCAUCCAUGACGUGGAUCAUCCAGGUGUUUCUAACCAGUUCCUCAUCAACACCAAUUCGGAGUUGGCCCUCAUGUAUAACGACGAGUCAGUCCUGGAGAACCACCACCUGGCUGUGGGUUUUAAGCUCCUGCAGGAGGAAAACUGCGAUAUCUUCCAGAACCUGACCAAGAAACAACGACAGUCCCUCAGAAAGAUGGUUAUCGAUAUGGUACUGGCCACAGACAUGUCCAAACACAUGAGUUUACUGGCUGAUCUUAAGACGAUGGUGGAGACAAAGAAAGUGACCAGCUCAGGGGUACUGCUCCUGGACAACUACACUGACCGGAUACAGGUCCUGCGUAAUAUGGUGCACUGUGCUGACCUCAGUAAUCCCACCAAACCUUUGGAGCUGUACCGCCAGUGGACAGACCGCAUCAUGGAUGAGUUUUUCCAUCAGGGUGACCGGGAGAGAGAGAGAGGCAUGGAAAUCAGCCCAAUGUGUGACAAACACACAGCCUCUGUAGAGAAAUCACAGGUGGGUUUUAUCGACUAUAUUGUACACCCGCUGUGGGAGACAUGGGCUGACCUGGUGCAUCCAGACGCACAGGACAUCCUUGACACCCUGGAGGAUAACCGGAACUGGUACCAGAGCAUGGUUCCUCAGAGCCCGUCUCCACCCUUCUACCAGCCUGACAAGGAAGGCCAUGGUGGGGGCCCUGGUGCUGACAAGUUCCAGUUUGAGCUCCCGCUUGAGGAGGAGGACUCAGAGGGGACAGAGAAAGAUGAACAGAGCCUAGAGGAGGAGGAGGAGGAGGAGGAAGAGGAAGAGGAGGAGGAGGUGGCUGAUGAUACAGAGACAAGGGAGGAGGAGACAGAGCACCCUACCACACAUAUUGAGAUCGUCACCCAAGACGCCUCACCGGUCGACACGUAGAAGCUGAUGUCAUGGCGGGAAUCUUGACCGUUUUUGUUUUCACGCUGGAAGAGCAAUGUUGCGGUUGAUUGCUUUUUAAAGAAGCCCAUUCAGGGGGCGUUUUCUGAGCCCUCUCUUGAGAAAGAUGGCUUUCUUCCGAUGCACUUGCAUUUGGAGCCAGUUGAGUUGGAAUUCUCAGGAAAAAAAAAUGCUGCAGAUGUUUUGGACAUUAGCUGUCGGUUGGAUCAGGGCUAACCAUCACAGGCAUGUUGGUUUGUUUGGCAGUCUGAGGAUUUAACACUACUGCGAGGAUUCUCUUUUGUACCAAGUGACUUUUUUAAAGCUACGGGAGCGUGAGACGAUGCAUGAACUACUGACAAAUAAGUAUUUAUUAAGAAAGGGUUUACUUUUUCUGUACCAUUUGUCUAAAAACGGUGUGUGCCUUUUUUACUCCUGUCUUUUAAUAGUAUUUUUUAUUUAUUGACACACUUUAGUAAACCUGUAUGUGUACAUGUUUUUGGUUUUGUACAGCUUAACGAAACAGCUUAAAAGCAACGUUGUUUUGUAACAGAGAAGAGAACUCAGUGUCUUCCGUUAUAUUUGGCAAUAUAAAUAAUCCAAACAUUCACAUAUUAAACCACACACAUGCUGUGUAUUGAUAUUGGCA